UGAUAUUGUAUAUUUAUGACUUAUCUGAUUAUUUCUUUCAACUUGCUACUGUGGACCAGGUAUGUUCCUUCUCAUUUGCACCUUAUGGUCUUUGAGUUGGUAAAAAACUCUCUGCGUGCGGUUCAAGAAUGUUUUAUGAAUUCUGAUAAGAAUGCCCCUCCUGUUAGAAUUAUUGUCGCUGAUGGGAUUGAAGAUGUUACAAUAAAGAUAUCAGAUGAAGGGGGUGGCAUACCAAGAAGUGGUCUUCCAAAGAUUUUCACAUAUCUCUAUAGCACUGCUAAAAAUCCACUCGAGGAAAACGAUGAAGGAAGCUCAGAUGGAGUAAUUAUGGCUGGUUAUGGUUAUGGGCUUCCAAUUAGUCGUCUCUAUGCUCGCUAUUUUGGUGGUGAUUUACAAAUUAUCUCUAUGGAAGGAUAUGGUAAAUCCAAUUCUUUCUUUAUGCAAUACUUAAUCUCAAGUUCAAUUUGUCCUGCUUGAAUUCCAAUAUGGCUCAUUCAUUGCCUAUUAUGUUGCCAAUACUUAUUCGUGAUUUACAAACUCGUGCUUGCUAUGAUUUUUUGAUACAAACCGGAUGCUAUGCUUUUGUUACAAUGAUUUUUUUUAUACAAACCGAAUGCUAUGCUUUUGUUACAAACCAUAUACUAGUUGGAGACU